UCAAUACAAAUCAAAGACACGACUUCACUAUACAAAUCCAGCACCAAGCCAACUAGCAUCUCUCCAGCAAUAACCAGAAAGACUGAACAAAAGAAUAAAAGAAGAAAGAAAGAAAAAUGCCAUCUAAACACGUCGUCUUCGACAUCGUAGGCACACUAGUCUCCUUCGACGCCUUCUACACUCGCAUCAACGAAGUUCUCGGCUCCAAACUCCAGCAAAAAGGAAUUUCCGCCAAACUCUUCGGCUACACCUGGAUGACCCAUUCCGAGCUCGAAUUCACAUUUCUAAGCAUUUCCGGCAGACACACAACCUACUCGCACCUCAUGAAAGCCCUCUUCUAUCGUACUCUCUGGAUGGCAGGGAUUCCCGAUCCCCGCAGCUUCGCCACCGACGAAGAACGCGAUCGUUGUCAAGAAGGUUAUGCUCUUCUGGGCCUACGGGCUGGCGCGAAAGAAUGUAUUGAAACGUUGCGAGAAGGCGGGUUUGAGGUCUGGUGUCUCACGACAGCGGAUAUACCGCGCGUGCAAGGCUAUUUUCGGCGUGGAGGGGUGGAGAUGCCCGAGGGGAGAUUUGUCUCGUGUGAUGAGCAGGGUGUGGCGAAACCGGCGCUUAAGGCGUAUUUACCUGUGUAUGAGAGGUUUGCGGCAGAGGACCAGAAGUGGUUUGCGGCGGCACAUAUGUGGGAUGUGUCUGCUGCGAGGUUGGUGGGGUUUAAAGGGGCUUAUUGUAGUGCUUAUGAGAAAGAGGAUUGUUUGGAAAUCUUUGGUGGGGAAAUGGAGGUUAUGGCUGAAGGGCUCAAGGAGAUGGCGGAGAAGAUCGUGCAGGCAGCGAAGUGA